AUGGGCACCGACGACGUCGACUCGUCGCAAGUCAAGAUGGGCUUCUCCAGGGUCACCGGGUGCUGCAGCCUCGGCAACAAGAGCUUUUUGCUCUCUGUCCUCGGCUUUGUCUUCGUGAUCCUCAACUUGGCGGCGCUGUGGGCGCUGCACUUCGCGGAUCGUCCGGUGACCAAGGGAAGCUUGAAGUCGGCGACACGCUUCAGCUCGGACGAACUCGGUGCAACCGACGGAGCCACCGCGAGCGUGGGCGACGUUGUCAGCUUUAACAGCGACAAUGUUCUGCGCGUCGGUGCAGGCACGACGGCCUAUUUGAACCUGAUGACACUGGAUGACGAUGCCUUCAACAUUCCCUACGUCAACUUCGCCCCCAUGGGCACGUCCAGUGUUAAGUACACGAACGUGAUGGCGUACAGCGUGCGUCAGCAGUCCGGUACCACGACCUCCUUCCUCACGACCAUGACGUUCAACCCCGACAACAGGACGAUGGUAGCUGGAGCCAUUUCGGACGCGAACACGAUCGCGGCAGACGCGAUCCGCGGCCUCGCUACACUUUCGGACACGCAAAUGGCAGUGCUGACGGUGUGGAACACGUCGGACGGCUACACGUCAGUGAAGACCGCGGUCGUGCCUGCAACCUUGGACACCUCCACUGGCAGUGUCACGCUGGACCAGAGCAAGGUCGUGAACGUGACCGCUGACUCGGCAACCAACUUCAUUGCACCAAUUUCGAGCUCGAGCUUCGUCGUCACGUACUACGAUGCGUGGAGUGCCUCGUACGACCAGUACGCGAAGGUUGGCGUCAUGGCUGCCGAUGGCACGAUCACUUUGUCUUCAGCCAAGAGCUUCGGAGUCACAAAUGGCGCUGGAUUGUUCACGGAAUUCGGCGCCCCGGUCGCCCUCAAGGGUCUGAGUUCAACUGAUGCAGGUUUUGCCAUCCCGUACUACACCGAGCUCAACUCUUACACUCAGGACCCCAACAACCUCAAGACUGACGCUGAUCUGAGCGGCAUUUGCGUCACCACUGCCACCUUCAGCAGCGGCACCUUGUCCAACUUCGCCACGCCAGUGUGUGCCUCAGACUACCGUCCCGGACACUACCCCGAGAUCGUCGCGCUCAGCGACGAUGCGAUUGCCGUCAUCUUCUACGAUACGGCCAACAACAACGCGCUCACGGUGGUCACGAUGGCUCUAUCCUCCGCCAAGACGCUGAGUGUCAGCGGCUCGUACGUCUUCCCUGAAGUCCACGGCGAUCUGUCGGCAUACAACCCAAGCUUCCUCUCGCCUCACGGUCGCUUGUUGUCGGGCAACCGUCUGGCCGUGAGCUUCCUCAACCCCGCUAUGAACGGAAGGCUCUGCGUGCGCGUCCUCAGCUUCUCGCUGUAUACUCUGACCUUCAAGGAGCGCGCUCCGAUCCUGCCCGUUGGUCCGUCGGAUCUCCCGUGGAUCACGACUGCCAACAAGCGGCCCGUUGACCACGCCAUGGUUCCUCUGGGCACGGAUGGCUUUGUCACGGGCUACGUGGGCAGACGCAACCACAUCUUGCAGCAGAACUUCGCUGCGUUCGAGUCCUUCGGUAACCCCGUGGGCGUCGUUCAGUCGACGUCGGGUGAUAGUGUGUCUGUCACCACGCAGGGCAAGGCUGAGACCAGUGGACUGACGGACGGUGCAGUUUACUACGCGACGACCUCGGGCGCUGUGGUGGCUCAGGAUGGCACGUCCAUGGACCCCGACUUCUUCUACACGGCGGACGGCACGAUGCUUGUCACGAAGGACUCCCGCGUGGGAGUGGCUGUCGAUGACGACAAGCUCUUCAUCUCGACGACCCUGUAA